AUGACGACAGCCUCGACCAGCGCGGCGGCUGCAGUACCUCGGCAAAAGAUUCGUCGCCGACGUGCUGACAAGCCUGCCCUCAGCUCGCGCCUCAUUCUCGACGACCACAUUAAGAGCGAUGUCGGCAUCCUUUCAGAGGAUCUCUUUACUGAUCUCUUUCCUCACUUCCGCCAGAACACCGAUAAUGAGAAUUCCCCCGAAAUACACCACAUUGCCAUUGCGCCUUGGAUGCCAAACUCCUCUUCCACCGGCGGCGCCUGGUGCAUUGUGCCGGUUGUUCGCUCCUCUGCACUCGCGCACUCGACAGUCCAGUUCUCGCCCUCGUCCCCCGCCCUCCAGAGCUUCGCCGUCACCCUGCAAAAGAUUGCCCCCUCCAAGCUCACCAGCCAUAGCCGAAGCGGCAUCGAGAUUUUAGUCCUCGAUGUAGCUGCUGUUCCCCUCGAGACCGUCUUUGUGAGUCUGGAAAGCGAGCUUACAAAACGCCUUGAAAAUGGCGAAGGUACUUUUUUCAGAGAACACCCUACUCAGCAAGUCGCUCGCGGCACCUUGCCCCAGGAGCGUCUCAUGACGGCGCUGCGUGCCGCUCUCGGCACGCUCAAAGUUGUACAUACUGGCGAUCUCUUCCCGUUGCCGCUGCCACCGCACCCAGUAACACAUCUACCACCCAAUCCCGGCAAGAUUAUGCUCUGCGAGCCCGUCGCGCAAGGUGUUUUGACGCCAAACACCAAGGUUGUGCUUAUGCGCGGACGAGUUCACCGGCGACAAGAACGGAGCUCAUCGUCCCUGAGCCAGCUGAAUGGCACUGUUGAUCAUGGAGAGGAUACCAGCGCGGACCAAUUUUUCUCUGCUGCUGAAGAGCGUUACAAGACCGAUGCCCCUCAGGACCAGACUGAGACAGAAAGCGCAACGGAGACAGAGACCGACCUAUCUGGCGCCGAGCAAGAAGACGAGCUCUCGGACGAUUCCAUGGACGACAUGAUUUCCCUCGAAGCCCCUGAGCUGCACGCCACCAACGUCAACGGGCCUGGCACCAUGGGGCCUGGCACGCCCAUGACAAUCGCCACUCUGCGAGGCCGCAAAGUUAGCGGCAUUCAGACCCCGGGCUCCGUGUUUUCAAACUUUACUGCGACGACGGCACGAGCCGACAGGCCUCGCGGUCGUCUGUUCAAGGCGCAUGGGCUCCAGCGACCGAUUCCUUCCGAAAUAUUACAUCCGAAACCCGCCGCCCAUGACGACGAAGAGGCCAGAAUCUACGUCGACAUGUCUUCGCUCUCCAAGAUUGGGUGCUUUUCUGGUGACUGGGCUCGCAUAGAGAUGGCUGAAGAGCCACCUGCUAAUGGCUUCGGCGCCUUUGGACUCGGCAGCUUUAGAAACAACGACGCAGAGCCCGCCAUCUGGCGUCCCGUCAGAGUCUUUGGCCUUCCAGAGGGCUACUCAGCACCGCGAGCUGUAAGCAGGAUAGCUGGCUCGCGCGGCGGCGAACGGCGCAUGUCCUUUUUUGAAUCUCAGAUUCAGCGCCCUACCAGCCCUGCAGCGUAUGCUUCACCUGUGCUCCUUGCCAACCUCGAAAAUGCGACCCAUCUGCGGAUCUCUGCUCUCAAGAAGUCUUCAUACCAAGGAAAAGGCACCAACCCACGCUUCGCAAGUGCGGCGCAUCCACCUUAUGCUCGCGACAUUACCAUUCAGCAUGUACGAACUCCAGUCUCUGCUGAACGAGCCUACCAGACGGCCGUUCUCGGUGGGCUGAAGCGCUACUUUGCUGACAAGCUACGGUUGGUUCGCACCGGUGAUUUAAUUGCCGUGUCUGUUGAUUCUCAGCUUGGCCGCGCUUUGCAGGAAGCUGUUGGAGCCGGGGGCUCAGAGGUCGACGAUGUCAUGGCACUCACCACCAGUGAUCAGGCCGACGGCUCCCAUUACGACGGCGUCGCGUGGUUCAAGGUCGGACACAUUCAAAUUCAAAAAUCUGACGAGGACGAAGAUGACACUGCGGAAGGCUUCUGGGGCUCCGUCGCGUGCAUCGACAGCUCAACCGUGGCUAUGCACGGGUCAGGCUUCGUGACGAGCCGCAUCCCUGGCACCAGCCACAGCACCUGGCCGUACUAUCUUGGUCUCCGAAAGGCUCCCAAGUUGGAAAGCGAUUCUGCGGCACCACAGGCGCUAUCUGUCACGAAGCAUGAGCACAUUUCGCCUCUCCGCCGGCAACUGCGCGAGUUGCUAGUUGCGGCCACCAGCCAGCGUGCAAUCCACCUCAAGAUGCCGCCCGUGGCUAUUCUUCUCACGUCGACGCACCGGAUUAUCGGAAAAACGACAUUGGCGACGACUUCAUGCGCGGACAUUGGUCUCCACAGCUACGAGAUUGAUGCCUAUGAUAUUCUCAACGAGGGAGGCGGCAGCGGCAGCGACGUCAAGACGGAAGGUUUCCUGAGAACACGGGCUGAGCGCGCCGCGAGCUGCGGUGCCGACUGCUGCGCCCUGCUCAUUCGGCACAUUGAAGCGCUCACCGCGGACCGCAUCGAAGCCACCUUGAAGGAGAUUCUCGAGGACGCGCGUGUUCUCAUUGCCACUACCAAUAAUGUCGACGACGUCCCCGAUGGCGUCCGCGCGCUCUUUACGCACGAGCUCGAGAUGGGCGCACCCGACGAAGCGGAGCGCGAAGCCAUCUUGCGCGGCGUCAUUGGCGACCGCGGCAUCACGCUGGAUCCCAGCAUCGAUCUCAACUCGAUUGCGCUCAAAACGGCGGCCCUCGUCGCCGGCGACCUCGUCGACGUCGUGGAGCGCGCCUCACUCGCCCAGCGCGCACGGCUGGAGGCUCUCUCAGCGAAAACCAGCGGCGACGGUCUGCUCCCGCUCACGGUCCGCGACGUGCAGGUCGCGGGCGGCCCGCUGGCACGCUCGCUGACGGCUGCUGACUUUGACGUGGCCGUGGAGGCGGCGCGCAAGAACUUCUCCGACGCCAUUGGCGCGCCCAAGAUACCCAACGUGACAUGGGACGACGUCGGCGGGCUGAGCAACGUCAAGGAUGCCAUCACUGAGACGAUUCAGCUGCCGCUGGAGCGGCCGGAGCUGUUUGCGCGGGGCAUGAAGAAGCGCUCCGGCAUCCUGUUUUACGGCCCGCCCGGCACCGGCAAGACGCUGCUGGCCAAGGCCAUUGCCACCGAGUACAGCCUCAACUUCUUCUCCGUCAAGGGCCCCGAGCUGCUCAACAUGUACAUUGGUGAGUCCGAGGCCAACGUGCGGCGCGUGUUUCAGCGCGCGCGCGACGCGCGACCCUGCGUCGUCUUCUUUGACGAGCUCGACUCGGUCGCGCCCAAGCGCGGCAACCAGGGCGAUAGCGGCGGCGUCAUGGAUCGCAUCGUUUCGCAGCUGCUCGCCGAGCUCGACGGCAUGUCGGGCGGCGACGACGCCGGUGGCGUAUUUGUUAUUGGCGCCACCAACAGGCCCGAUCUGCUCGACCAGGCGCUGCUGCGUCCGGGUCGCUUCGACAAGAUGCUGUAUCUCGGCGUGUCGGACACGCACGAGAAGCAGCGCACAAUUCUCGAGGCCCUCACCCGAAAAUUUACCCUCCAUCCCUCCGUCUCGCUCGCCGCCGUCGCGCAGCAGCUCCCCUUUACCUACACGGGCGCCGACUUUUACGCCCUCUGCAGCGACGCCAUGCUCAAGGCCGUCACGCGGCAGGCUACGGCCGUCGACGCCAAGGUCCGAGCCCUCAACGCCGAUCCAUCCCGCGCGCCCGUCUCCACCGCCUACUACUUUGACCACUUUGCGACGCGCGACGACGUGGCCGUCACCGUCACCGAGCGCGACUUUUUGGAUGCCCACGACGAGCUCAUCCCCAGCGUGUCGGCCGGCGAGCUGGCGCAUUACGAAAAGGUGCGCGCCAUGUUUGAGGGUGGGCGUGGUGGGGGGGAGAAGCAACAGCAACAGCAACAGCAGCAGAGGCCGGGUUCGUCGAGGAGUAGCAGGCCAGGCACGGCGACGGGGUCGGUAAUAGGCGGAAAGGGAAAGGGAAAAGCGGUGGCGGUGGCGAGUGGUGAAGAUGGCGCGGCGGUGGUGAAUGGGAUAGUGAACAAGGGAAAGGGCAAGGCGGUGGCGGGGUUCCAGGAUGGGACGGCGAGUGAUGAUGAGGAUUUGUAUUGA